UUUUCUUCGGGACCAAAUCUCAAGACAAAUAUGGCGGAAACCAAUUCAGUAACUUCAACAACAACCGAUCCGAGAUCUCUGGAACUCAAUAAAGAAGAUCUCGUGAUAAAAUCCCUUUACAAACUCUCGGAAAACUUGAUCACUUUCCUAAAUAAACCGGAAGGAUAUGAUGUUAAAUUAGAAAUUGGAAAGGCACCGGACGUUGAAGAAUUCUAUGCACACUCCGCCAUUCUCCGUGCUAGGUCCACUUAUUUUCAUAAUGCAUUGUCCAAAGAAAUGAUCAAUAAAACUACUGAAGGUGAUGGAAGCGGCAGCACUGUAUCGUAUAUUUACACGGCAUUAUCAAAAACAUUUUUCAUGAGCACAGAAGAUAAUGUUGUUAUCUUCAAAAAAGAAAACAUCACCCCUAAGGCCUUCAAAUUCCUUUUAACUAUUAUCUACGGCGGAUUCACAAAGAUUGAUGGAUUGACGUCACUCGAGUACUUGGAUCUUCUCGAAGCCUACGGGGAGCUGGGUAUUCAGGGAUUCGAUGAAUAUCUACAACAAAGUUUCCUUGAGAAUCAUGGAGAGUGGAUUCGCGAUAACUUACUUCUUCUCGAACGAUUUUCAUCCAAACAUGAAGCAUUCCGUGAUAUCCGAAACUUCUGUUAUGACCAACUUUGUCAGAAUUCAGACAUUGUAUUCAAACCGAGUGAUGUGACGACAAUCAACAAGGACAAGAUA